AUGGGGCGACUAACGGCUUUAGGUAUAUUAGGUUUAAUCGCAUCCACCCUAGCCGCGCCAGCACCACAGCUAUGUCAGUCCCUACCUCCCUGCUUCCUCCCUCCCCCACCCUGCCCUGAACCGAUCCCGCCAUGCCCGGAGCCGAUUCCUCCGUGCCCAGAACCGAUCCCACCUUGCCCCGAGCCGAUCCCACCAUGCCCGGAGCCGAUCCCACCAUGUGGGGUUCAACCAACGCCAUGCGGUGACGGCCCAGUGAAGGUAGACGUGAGGCAAAAUGGUAUAUCCGACAGGCUCCGCAGCUUGGGCUUCCAAGUGGUCCCCGUACCUGGUGGUACGUUCUACGUGCGCCCAUCACCCGACCUAGUGGUGACACCACCACCGAUCCUCGUACGACCACAGCCUUUGAAACCCAUCACCCCACCAGCGAUAACGGUUCAACCACCACAGUUGCGGCCGAUUACUCCACCACCAAUCGUUGUUAGACCACCAUGCCUCGCGCCGAUAAAACCACCAUCCAUUUGCGUCAGGCCCAAGCCCUUGGCUCCGAUACAGCCACCGACUAUCGUGGUCAGACCACCACGUCCAGCCCCAAUUCAACCACCGCCCAUCACCAUCCGCCAGCCAGCUCUGCCACCAAUAACGCCUUCACCAAUAGUCGUCCGCCCUCCAGCGCCGUCAACGAUCCAGCCACCCACCAUCAUCUUCAGAACUUCCUUAAUUGGAGGCGGUAAUGGCGGUUCCGGCGGUUCAGGGUCCGGCGGGUCCAGCGGUUCUGGCAGUAGUUCAGGAUCCGGUUCCGGCGGUUAUAACUUCAAUGGAGGCGCUAAUGGUGGAUACAAUCUGUACAACCCGUGUGACCCCUGCAACCCGUGCAACCCGUGCGACCCCUGCAACCCCUGCCCGCCCCCACCCCCACCUCCAUGCUACGAACCGACCCCAUGCUACGAACCGGCUCCAUGCCCAUGCGAGCCCCCACCAUGCCCGAUACCUUGCCCGUGCCCACUACCAUGCGGAUAUUAA